CUCCAGAUAGGAAGGAAAUAAUACUUCUCCUCCGAGAAACAGAACUGUCACAGCAAUGUUUACGUCAGGUUGCGGGUAAGACAGAUGUUGAUAUUUCUUUCAUCAUGAACUUCGAUUGAUACAAGUUAUAGAUACUGAUGAAUGAUCGCGAUAUUCCCGUUAUUCGCUAGGCAUCUUUUUUUACACCUGCGAGCUUUGGCUCUUGCAUGUCCGCAUUCUCAUAGUAAAUAUUUAUUUACCAGAAGUUCACUCGGGUAUGUAGCUCCUUUAAAUCAUGCUUUACUGCUCUAAUGAUCGGUUUGCGAAUACGAGCGUUAGUGAUCGAUCUGUUUAUCUCAAUUUGCUUCCAUGAGAUUUUUGGAUUAUUCAAAUAAAAAUUCCCAAAAUUGAAAUCAUGGAGUCUGCUGAAGUUAUAGAACGUGUGAAAGAUGAAAAGGAAAAAGAUAUUAAUGUUAAAAUUCUAACAUCGGAAGCUUCGGCGAAUUAUAUUAAAAGCUGGCCUGUGCAGUUGCCUGCAACAAAUAAUUCUCUUUAUAUGAAAAAUAAUCGUCCAGUUAGACGCAGGUCAUACCGUUUUAAAUAUUCAUGCUUGAAGAACUGGCUCAUACCUCUCGACGGUCCUAUGUCAAUGGAUCAUAUUCAUUUUUUGUUAGAUUGUUUCGUGGUUUCAGCUGGUCCUGUGCCACCUCAGUUAGGCAGAUAUCAUCCUCAGUCAGAUCCUGAAGAAUACGUUCAGCAGGAAUCAUCUGAUACCUGGAGUAUAAAUAGUGAAGAAGGCGAUAAUUUUGGCGCCAGGGUUGGGAUACAACAUCAGAAGAACGCCUCCACUUCCUCAGAUGCUGGUCCAUCUACAAUGACCUCUUGGCCCGAAGAAGAUCCAGAUGAUUACACCUUUGAAAAUUAUUUCCAAACGACUAAGGUCAGAACUGAGCCACGCCGUACCUACAGUUCAUCUGAUUAUAGUUCUCCAGAUGACAUGAUUGUCAGAGAGUUGUCUGAAAUGAGGCUUGUCCUUGAGAGGUUGUUGGACAACCAUGAGGUAAUGGAAUGGGAGCAUCCACAUGGACUGCAAGAUGUACUGGAUUUGUUACCGGAUGAUAUUAUUCCACAAGAACCAUCCCCACAUUAUCCAGUCGGAGAUUGGGAAUUUGAAGAAUGUGGAAUUUGCUUUGAUUCUCAAUGGCUAUAUCGCCGAGCUUGUUGUCGGUAUCCUGCAUGCUCGAAUUGUUUGCAAAGUUAUUUCUCUUCAAAAGUGAAGGAUGGACAAGUGAAGAUAGAAUGUUGCAAUAAUGCAUGCAAUGCUUACGUGCACAGAGAUGAAAUUUCAGCUCGUUUAAAAUUACCCGAUAAGGAAAAGUUUCACAAGCUAUUAGUUUUGGCAAAUCAAGAUGCCAACACCAAAACCUGUCCUCGUUGUAGUCACCUUACAAAGCUGGUAAAAAAACCAAAGCAAAAGAAAGAUAAUAAGUUUCCAAGCGUGAUUUGCCCAUCCUGCCAUCUGGAAUGGUGCUUCAACUGUCAUGCCCCUUGGCAUGGAUCAUUAUCUUGCAAGCAGUUUCGGAAGGGGGAUCGUCUACUGAAAACUUGGGCUCGUGGGCGUACUCACGGACAGCUGAAUGCACAGAAAUGCCCAAAAUGCAAGAUCUAUAUUGAACGUACUACUGGUUGUGAUCACAUGCAUUGUACACGCUGCAAGACAGACUUUUGCUACAAAUGUGGUGAACGAUUUCGAUAUUUGAAGUUCUUUGGAGAUCACUACAGCAAGCUAAGUAUCUUUGGUUGCAAAUAUCGCUUCAAAGCUGACCAACCAAUUCAAAGAAAAGUCAUCAGGGGCGCAAUAUUUGGUGGAAAACUAAUUGCAGCCCCAGUUCUUGGAGCUCUAGCAUUAUGUGCUGGAGCUUUGGCAGUAGGCAUUUCAAUCUUCGCUUUGCCAGUCUAUGGAGGGAUUCGUCUUUAUCGACAUUGUGAAGGUCGCCAAACAACAAAAAUUAUUCGUAGACACCCUCCGUCUUACCAUAUUCCCAAUAUUAGCUUACAGAUCUCUCACAGUUUUCCUUGAAUAUCCAAAAUGUUUAUUGUUUUGUCAGAUUGGAAUGUAAUCAUAUAAUUAACCUGAUAGCAUGUCAUUUUUGUUUUCAUUUCAUCCAUCUUUUAGAUUGUUUUAUUUAAGCUAGAAUGAGAAAUAAAAUUGAU